AUGACACACACAGUUUGCACUCAACUGAAACCUUCACUGUCUGUUCGGACUCGUGCUCUAACAAACAAGUCCCACACUAGGUUGGCCAAUAAACUGUCGUUGUUAUCUGAUUCUUUAUAUCUGCGUCUGCGUCAUCGGAACAGGAAUGUAGAAAGAAGAAAUCACUUCAAGCAUCGUCAUGUUUUCUUAAAUAGGGAUGAAUGUUUACCUGACCCCAAAUCGCCUGUAGAAGACAACAGUCUCAAAGAACAGUCUGUGAUCAAUUCGAUCCAAGAUACUUCUGCUUCUUCUGUUUCAUCUACUUCCUGUGGGUCCAGUAGUAUUUCCUCCGUUUGUAAGUGGAAGGGUUGUGGGUGUGUUGACAUUGAAAGAACUCAGUUGAUCAAUCACAUUCAACAAAUUCAUGUCGUCCCACAGUUAUCCAGUCGGCGGAAAUAUUUUAGUUGUUUGUGGCAGGAUUGUCGGGUGUUUGGAAGACCUAGUGUUUCGGCUGCAUGGCUGGAACAACAUAUACUUCAUCAUACGGAUGCCAAAGGAAAACCAUUUAGAUGCAUUUUCGAUGCAUGCACAUUACGAUUUUCUACCUCCACAUUGUUAGAACGUCAUGUUCAACGGACACAUAUGCGCACAAAUCGUAUCAGUAGUGAUUCCUUACCCAAAGUAACUCUAACCGACAAGAACAUACUUUGUCAGCCACAUUCAGAAGAAAUAACUAAUUUACAAAGUCCAUUAAAGAAAUCUACUCCGCUGUCUACCAGAAAAAAUUUGCGCAAACGUAAGAAAACGCGAACUUAUCGAGUUCGUCGCUUGGAUUUUUAUGAUUACAGAAGUCAAAUACUGGUUAAAAACAAGUUAAAAAUUUCAUAUCUUCUUAAUAAGGAGCUCAAAACAAAAAAUAAUCAUGAACGAUCUCGCAUUUUACCACUGGGUUUUUGCAAAUUACCUUUUAAACUUUAUGACAAAUCUACAAAUCCGCGUGCACGUCCCAAUGUUAAUCCACCAAAUAUCAUGGUUAGUAAAGAAUCGGCCCUACCAUCACUGUUGAGGCAUACAAAAGAUGUUCAUCAGCACAUAUCAUUGCUGUUGACAACUCCUCAUACGUUCGUUGGUCAACGUAUUUCGCUGGAUCAUCGAUGUGAAUUUCUCGUACGCUGGAUCAGCGGGUCUGGACAUAGUGUUAUCCCACCUACUUGGAUAUUCGAAGAGGAACUUAAUGUGGCAGCUCAUUUGGAAAGUAUUUUGUGA